AAAAUAUUAUAUAUCGUUAAAUUUGUUUAAUUGCAUCAUAUAAUGCGUAUGCAUGAUAUAUAAAAGAGUAAUACUAUAGUUAUAUGAAGAUGGCAGUUUAAACGAUAUUGACAAUGUUAUUGGGAUAACCAUAACUUUCAUAACGAAAAUGUCAUAAUUAAAUCAAAGAAUUUUAUUUUGUUUAUUGAUAUAAUUUAUUGUUAUCCAACAAAUGGAAGUUACCUGAUAUUAUUAAUAUAAAGAUAUAUAAAUUUAUUUGCUAAAAUUUGACAUUUCAUUUGAAUCGUCAAGUUGAGUUUAAUAAAAAUGCAACGAUACGAUAUUCUUAUUCAAGAGAUAGAAGCGAUAGAUGAUUAUUUGGGUCCAACUUUUCGAGCAAUUUAUGAUGGCCACGAACAUCAAAAAUUUAUGGAAAAACUUGAUGAGCGCAUUAAAGCACAUGAUAAAGAUAUUGAGAGAAUGUGCAAUCAUCAUUAUCAAGGUUUCAUUGAUUCAAUUAGAGAACUAUUACAAGUUCGUUCUCAAGCACAACAGCUUAAUGCUGAGAUAUUGGAACUUGAUAAACGUAUCACUGCCACUGCCACCAAAGUAAUAGAAAAAGGAGAAGAGCUUGUUAAAGCACGUAAAGUAGAAAGUAAUAUGGCUGCAGCAGUAGAUAGUCUCACUAUGUGUCUUCCUGUUUUAGCUGCUUAUGCAAAGUUACAAAAACAAUUAAAAGAUAAACGAUUUUAUCCAGCUUUAAAGACAUUGGAACAACUAGAACAUCAUGAUUUACCAAAAGUAACAAAUUACAGAUUUUCUUCACAAAUUACUCAACAAAUUCCGCAACUACGUGAAAAUAUAAAGGAUGCUUCCAUGUCUGAUUUAAGAGACUUUUUAGAAAAUAUUAGAAAAUAUUCACCAAAAAUUGGUGAAGUCGCUAUGAGACAUACACAAGAACAGUUAACUGUUGAAGCAGAAAUUAUUGGUCGAAAAAAGAAAAGAUCGCAUAUAACAAAUUCAAAUGAAUCAGAGGAAGAAUUAAGCGCUCAAGAUUUAAUGGAUUUUAGUCCCGUUUAUCGUUGUAUGCAUAUUUAUACAGUACUUCGUGAAGGAGAAACAUUUAAAGCAUAUUAUAGGCAACAAAGAAAACAGCAAGCUAGAUUAGUUUUACAACCACCUAUUAAUAUGCAUGAAAGUAUAAAUGGUUAUCAAAUAUACUUACAUGGCAUUGUGGGAUUUUUCGUAGUAGAAGAUCAUAUUUUAAAUACCGGUAAUAGCUUAGCUACACGCACUUAUUUAGAUGAAUUAUGGCAAAUGGCACUAUCGAAAAUCGUAAAUGCAUUACGUACUCAUUCCGCCUACUGCACAGAUGCAACACUUAUUCUAAAAAUAAAAAAUCUUAUAAUGCUAUUCAAUACAACAUUAAGAAAUUAUGGAUAUUCAGUAGGACAACUUUGGGAUUUAUUACAAGAAAUUCGAGUACAUUAUAAUGAAGUUCUAAUGCAACAUUGGGUUCAAGUGUUUAGAGAUAUUUUGGAUGAAGACAGUUUUUUACCAAUUCAUGUAACAACACAAGAAGAAUAUGAUAACGUUCUUGAUUUAUUCCCGUACCAUGAUGAGGAGUUACAAAAAAUAGAAUUUCCUAAAAAAUUUCCAUUUUCGGAUAUGGUACCAAAAGUUUAUCAACAAGUAAAAGAAUUCAUUUAUGCUUGCUUGAAAUUUUCCGAAGAUUUAAAUUUUACUCAAACAGAAAUAGAUGAAAUGAUUUGCAAAUCAACAAAUUUAUUAUUAACAAGAACAUUUAGUGGAUGCUUAUCAUCAUUAUUUCGAAAACCAUCAUUGGCACUUCUACAAGUAGUUCAAAUUAUAAUAAAUACCGGUUAUCUUGAAAAAUCAACUAAGUAUUUGGAAGAAUUUGUGUCAAAUAUUACAGGAACAUCACAUGAAGGACAAUUGAGUUGUAUGGAUGUUGAAUCAGCUAUGUUUAGAGUUGCAAGAGAUGAUGCUGAAAAACAAAUAUGUGAAAAAUUAAAAAAUAAACUUGAUGAAUUUUUAGAAUUGGAAAACUAUGAUUGGAAUUUGGCAGAACCUCAAGGGCAUGCAUCUGGUUUUAUUACUGAUCUCAUAGCAUUUCUGCAAAGCACCUUUACAUGUUUUACUAAUUUACCGGAUGAAGUUGCACAAGUUGCAUGUGAAUCUGCCUGUUCUCAUAUAGCAAAAUCUAUAUUAGGAAUAUUAGUUAGUGAAGACGUAAAACAAAUAUCUAUGGGUGCUCUUCAACAAGUCAAUUUAGAUACAAUACAAUGUGAGCAAUUUGCUGCCUCGGAACCUGUUUCUGGUUUACCCGAAGGUAUCUUACUCCAACAUUUUGCACAGUUAAGACAAUUACUGGACUUAUUUAUGAGUUGGGACUGGCCUACUUAUUUUCAUGACUAUGGCCAUGAAUCAAGUAAAUAUCAUUUAGUAACUCCAAAUAUGGCUGUACUUUUGUUAGAGAAAUUAAAAGAAUCCGAUAAAAAAACAGUAUUUUCUGUAUUAAAGAAAAGUGAACGAGAUAAAAAAAAGCUUUUAGAAACUGUAUUGAAACAAUUACGUCAAUUAGCACAAACGACACAACAACAAUAAACUCAAAGUCAUUAUGUAUAUACCUCAAAGAGAUUGUAAAUAUAUAAUUUUUAAUAUAUAAAACAUAUUUAAAAACAUAUUAUUAAUAAAAUAAUUGUGACAAAA